AUGCUACGCCAAAUGGAAAUCAGCAAGAAACCUAGCGAUGGAAAGUACCAGAACUUGGCCAUCGAGUUUCGGUACCCGAUGAUUGACAAUCCCUACGUCCUGGGGAAGAUCAUUUGCGCCGAGGCAGCCGGCAAUCUCUGCGCCAGGGGCAUCACGGAGUGUGAGAAAAUGAUGAUGCUGUUCUUCAGGCCCCCUGAUAUGAGCAGAGCCGUGGUCAGUGGGCUGUUCUCGAUGUCGGACGGCUUCAGGGAGGGCUGUAUGGAAACCGGCGGGGUGAUGACUUGGGCCUCGUACAAGUCCAACAGCACUUUCAUCAUCGGCGCAUUGGCCUCGGCCUACUGGCCGCAACACCUAUUUCUGGCACGCGACAACGCUCUGGAUGGUGAUGUCCUUGUGCUGACUAAGGCUCUGGGCACCCAGGUGGCCAUCGAUGCGUAUGAGUCUAUCUAUGAUUUGCAACGCUGGGAGUCCUACAGUUUGGUUCUCUCCAAGGAUGAUGUUCGUUUGGCCUAUCGUCAGGCCCUCGACUCGAUGAAACUAAUCAAUCGCAAGGCCGCUAACCUCAUGCACGUGCACAAUGCCCAUGGGGCCAUGGCUGUGUCCGGGUUGGGUAUCCUGCACCAUGCCAACGAAAUGGCUUUGCUCCAAAAGGAGCCAGUGUCGUUUGUCAUUGAUACUCUGCCGGUGAUCAAACACACGGUAGCUGCCGCCAAAGCAGCCGCCGGCGGCGGUAAGUGCCCCCUGCUGCAGGGACUUUCUCCUGAGACUUCCGGUGGUCUGCUCAUCUGCAUGCCACGUGAUGACGCGGUUGCCUUUUGCAAGUUUUUUUCUGAAUAUGGUGGGAGCCCGGCCUGGAUUAUCGGCACUGUCCAGAGUGGCCCCAAGAAGGCCUCCAUCAUCGAGAAUGUAAAAAUCAUUGAGGUUUCUCAUUAG